AUGGCAGAGUCAAAAGGACUACCGGGCUUUACAAAGCUGAGCGAACUGGUAUACGUACGGCCGGGGACCAAGAGCGACAAUGCGGCAACCAAAUCAACAGAUCCCACGACGAUUCUCAUAUACGCCUGGGGAGACGCCCUUCCCAAGCACCUUCACAAAUACAUUCUAGGCUAUCUGCUACUAUACCCCAGCGCGCAGAUCAUCUUGAUCAUGGGACCCAUGCUGCGGCUCUUUUAUCAGACGCCGGAACAAAGAUCACAGAGGAUGGAAGUUGUACUCGGCGCGCUCGCCGGAGCUGAUGAGCGGGUACUCGUCCAUGCCAUGUCCAACACUGGAGGCAUGAACUAUGCGUCGACUCUGCACGCAUACAGCAGUCUCAACCCAGAAAAAGCACUGCCUCACGUUUUAUCCAUUUUCGACUCGACGCCCGGCAGUCCGUUGCUCAGGUCCAAUAUCGGCCCGUGGUCCCGCGCCAUGGCCAUUGGCGCCGCCUCGUGGUUUCCAGGUCCUCUGGUUAUCCCGCAAUUCAUCAGUGCGCUCUUCUUGCUAGUCAGCCACGGUAUCCUUUGGCUCCGCGGAAUCCCCAGCCCUGCCGUCUUUAGUUGCAAGAUCAUUAAUGAUCCCGAGUUCGAGAGCGUCAAGACCCCGAGGAUACAUUUGUACGGCACGGGGGACGAUAUUAUACCGUGGGAGGCAGUAGAGGAUCAUGCAGCUAGUGCAAAGCAGAUUGGUUACCAGGUGGACCUGGAGAGAUUUGAAAACUCGCCUCACGUUGGGCACAUGCGGACAGAUCCUGAAAAGUAUUGGAGCGCAGUGAAGGAGGCAUGGCUCAACGCUGUCGAAAAGCAAUGA